CUCGGAGCUCCCGACAGGUGAACCGCAUUUUUUUACUUGUGAAUUUUGUGCGUCGGAAACGAAAACGUUGUCGAAAUGCAGCUCAACGAUCAUUGGCGAAAGAUCGUGAAGACCCUGAUCUUUGCGGUUCUAUGCACUGAAAUGCAAACGACCUAUACCCAUCGAGACUUGGCGGCGAAACGUGGUAUUGGCCUGGCCGAAAUGGAUGCCAUAUCAGCGGGCACUGGAGAGGAUCGGUUUCGGCAAAAGAUGAUGGCUGCUCCGCACCAGGCAUCAAUACGAUUGCUGGCCCAGGAGAGGGAUUACUUCGGCAAGGGACACAUCUGCUCGGGCGCCUUGGUGGCGCCCUCUGUUGUGCUAACCGUCAGCAGCUGCAUCUUCAGCCAGGUGAAGAGAAGCUACUACCAUCCAUCGGAACUGCGCGUAAUGUUGGGAAACCCCCAGAGAUUUGCGCCCCAUGACCAGGGACUGAUCUAUGGAGUGACCCACAUCCACCAACCGCCCAAGGAUUUGGCUCUGGCCAUUCUCAUGCUGGAAAACGAUGUGCCAACGGAUCAUCCCUAUAUCCAAUCAAUAGGCCUACCCUCUCCCGGUGCCACUUCUGUCCUGGAUGCGGAACACAGCAACCUGCUGCAGAUCAGCACCUGGGGCUAUGAUGGUGAUAUUCGUGAGCUGCACGAUCUGGUCACGCUGAAUGCCACCCACACAUCCUGUCAUCAGCAGCAGAGCAAGUCCCCUAGGAUUUGUGUUCAACCGGACGCCACAAACUCCACUCCCGUCCAGCUUUACAUGGAUGCCGGUGCCACGCUGACGGAACGGGAUCGCUUGCUUGGUUUGAGGAGCAUCGAUGGAGGAUUCGAGGACGUGGCCAGCCAUGUGGAAUGGAUACUGGCCAAAAUUGGCGAUGGUGGCAAUCAGAACAGCUCUAUCUGGGGCAUCCUGGGAUUCCUAUUGUUCACCGGAUACGUGAUCACCAUCAGCAGUAAGAGCUUUUCAGCUUAAGGUGCCAAAAAAAAGGAUUACGAUCUGGUCAAUGGGGGGAACUAGCCAUAUAAGAUAUCCAAGGCUUUGUUAUAGAAAUGAUAAAGCCGAGGAGUGUGAUAAUCUCAAUCCGAACCAGCAUGCUUAUUAUGCUUCUCUAAGCCAGAGUGCUAAUAUAAUCUGGUUCUAGUUUAGUUUACAAUUUACAUACAUAAAUAGAUAUUUGAUUCCUAAUACUGAUACAGAUACCUAUUUGAUUUAAAAAUAAUUAAUAAUUCAUUUUGUAAUCAUAGCAUAAGCAUAGUUAUGUACAGUAAAUAAAAAUAUACAUAGUUUACAAUA